AUGAGCUACCAGGAUGAGUACGUGGGUUCCUUCCCUAAGAACUUCAGCUAUGGACCUUUUGAGCAAAAUGGAGAAACGGAUAAUUCAUCACUUCAAGAAGACCACAAGCCUCGUAUUUUGUUAAUGGGACUAAGGAGGUCAGGAAAAUCGUCUAUUCAAAAAGUUGUGUUUCAUAAAAUGUCACCAAAUGAAACAUUGUUUUUAGAAUCUACAAAUAAAAUAGUAAAAGAUGAUAUAAAUAAUAGUAGUUUUGUGCAAUUUCAAAUAUGGGAUUUUCCAGGCCAGAUAGACUUUUUUGAUCCAACUUUUGAUUCUGAUACCAUUUUUGGUGGUUGUGGUGCUCUGGUUUUUGUAAUUGAUGCACAGGAUGACUACCAAGAUGCAUUGGAUAAACUGCAGUUGACUGUUACUAAGGCAUAUCGUGUAAACAGCAACAUAAAGUUUGAAGUUUUUAUCCACAAGGUUGAUGGUCUUAAUGAUGAUUAUAAAAUGGAAUCCCAAAGGGACAUUCACCACCGAGCCACAGAGGAUCUUGCCGAGGCUGGCUUGGAGCAUGUCCAUCUAUCAUUUCAUUUGACUUCAAUAUAUGAUCAUUCUAUAUUUGAAGCAUUCAGUAAAGUUGUACAAAAGUUGAUACCACAAUUACCCACUUUAGAAAAUCUGCUGAAUAUACUCAUAUCAAAUUCUGGGAUUGAGAAGGCGUUUUUGUUUGAUGUAGUUUCUAAGAUCUACAUAGCGACGGACAGCUCACCAGUGGAUAUGCAAAGCUAUGAAUUGUGCUGUGAUAUGAUUGAUGUUGUUAUAGAUAUAUCAUGUAUAUAUGGAAUGGUUGAUGAUACCGAAGUAAAUACUUUUAAUAGUCAGAGUUCAAGCCUUAUUAAACUGAACAAUGGAACUGUACUUUACUUAAGAGAAGUAAACAAAUUUCUUGCUUUGGUUUGCAUUCUUCGUGAAGAAAAUUUCCAAAAGCAAGGUGUAAUAGAUUACAAUUUCCUCUGUUUCCGUGAUGCUAUAACACAGGUAUUUGAACUUCGAAACAAAUCCCAAUGUAUGGCUAAAAAUUCUUCUGAAGUGGACCUCUUGCCCAACGGCACCGGUGACUCCAGUGAAAGUAACUCGGACCAUUUGCAAGUACAGAUCUAG